AUGUACAAUCUGAAAGAAAUCACAGCAUCUUCAACUUUAGCCACAAGUGAAUGUGUGCGUGGAACUUCUGAUACAGAUAUCAUUCAGGUGAAUGACCAAUUUGGGAUACAUUUCUUCAAACUAAUUAUAGAACACUUGCCAUCAUGUGCCACAUGUUUUCCUAAUCAGGGUUCGUCACAUCCAGUUAAUGCCUUUACUGUUUUGAUGACAGCAGCUAGAGAUGCCAACUAUUCUAAAAGAUCCAAAAACAAGCAUGGAAAAACUAAAUAACGAAGUACUCAGGUUCUUUGAAGAGAAAGAAUGCAAUUUUCCAACGAAUGCGGGGGUUCGAGCCACUUCCUUUGUCUCCAAGUUGGUCGACUUGCUCUAUUAUGUCGAUGGUCACUACAAUAAGAUUGAGUCUGUUAUAUCCAUAUCAACAAAGGUACCCACAGUCUUUAAAACACGGUUUUCUGGUUUUAACUGUCCUGAAAAACACAAACACAGGAAAAGAAAUCUCAGCAAUCUCUCUGAGCAGAAGUUAGAGAAGUACACAAUUCAGAUGCGUGAAGUAAUUCAAGGGCAACAAUACUUGAAUGAAAUGCCUUGGGCUGAAGUGAAAACACAAAUACUCAGCCUUGUUGAAGUCUUGGUACUGUCCAUCAUGGUUUAUUGGACCUUGAUAAAAAACUUUCAAAAGCAGAACAAUUUGUUCCAGUUUGUGUGUGUACAGGAGUUUCUACCUACAUGUAACCGCUAAUUACUUAGUUGAAGAGCUUUGUGAUAAUGGCUUGUCACAAAAGUGUGUACACUAUAUUCACCAUGUAGGUGGAAAUAAGUCAAGUUUGCACUUUAUUUGGACAGCAGAAGACCAAGAAGAGGGAGAAAUGAUCAACAGAUGUUCUCAAGUGAUACGUAAAAUUGAAUCAGAAGUCCCUGUGUACGAAAAGGUGCAUUACUAAGAAGAGAUUUAUGGAAUCCUUUGGGUUUGUUGGUGAAUCUGUUGCACUUAGGGCUAUCUUCAAAGAUUUAACAGGAGACAAGUCUGCACCAAACACUUUAUCAGAAAAGGAAAUUGAUAACCGAUUCUCUCAUGCUAUGCUGUGUGAAGAUGCAGGGAUUGUUGUUGACUUGCAUCACUUGCCUCCAACUACGAAGGAUUCAUACCAUGAUUUCUUUGCAGAGACAGAACGCUAUCUAUCUGAGGAUGUUGGUGUUGCUUGUCAUAUGAGCAAAGACUUGGUCAGCAGUUGUACCUAGCAAAAGCUGUCAGUUUAAAGGAUUUGCAUCAGUGUGUGAAGGAAAGAGUUCCCAAGGGGACAAAUAUACCUUCUGUAAAGUGGUUGAGGUACCAGUUCCAGCCACUAAACCCACGAGCAAAUACAGCUAAGUAUUACAAGGGCAAGAUGAACAUAAAAAUUAUGGUCCAGAAAAGACAGGUGAGCUUCAUAUCUAUUUAAUCAUAUUUAAUAACUAUUAAAUAAUGCCAAAAAGUGUGUUGUUACUUAACUUUACGGGAAUACUGAGUUGCGGUGUGUGUGAAUAGGGUGUUACACAAACUUAUAAUUUCAUGCGUUUUAACAUUAUUUGUUUAUAUAGAUUCGUGCAAACCAUGUUGAUGCCCACUACUGUGCUGUUGCAUGGUGAUAUAUGCGAGAGUUUGCUAUACAGCAAAGAGAGCUUGUUACUCUUGUGUCAAUGGAUGACAAGCAUAAAGUUAAGGUGGGGGAACUGUCAUACCCACUGGCAGCAGCAGAGCGUGGGAAGCAAGUGAUUGUCGGACCCAACCAAGUCAUGUCUGUUGGGGAUCAUGAUUUCUCUAAAGCUACUUUAACACCUUCUAUGAACUUACUGCUAAGCUAAUAUUUGUGUCAAAUCUAAAAUCAGGAACUAAGCUUUGUCUUGAAGCAAACUGCUUGGAUUUAAGAUGUGUACCAUGUCACCAAACUAGAGUAGCAAUAUGAUUUCUAUGUGGUAUUUACAUUAUAUGUACUGCAACUUGUCUCGAACACUAGAGUUUUGCUAUAUUUGUUAUCUUCCAGAUCGACAUUCCAGACAGCAUUCUUGGUAACUUUUACCUUGGUGAUGUAUAUGUUGGGAUCAAAGACAGUGUGUUACAACCUUCAUCUCCUGUAAGGCAUGCGUGUGAGCUGAAAGAGAUUUUGAAAUUGCAUGGAGGUAUUAAAUAAAGUAGUUGUGAUAGUAUUCUUUCCUUAUUGAUUGGCAGGAACAUAACUAGAUGAUUUUUAUCUACAGAAAAUUAUACUUCUAGACAUUACCAAACCAAGUAUUUUGUCUUUCAGAUGUACCUCCAAUACUGCUGAUAUAUACAGAUGAUGGUCCUGAUCAUCGUAGCACAUACAUGUCUGUGAAGCUGUCUAUGAUAGCUUUGUUCAUUGAGCUAGAUUUGGAUGAACUGGUUGCACUGCAAACUGCCCCAAGCAAUUCCUGGGCAAAUCCGGUAGAAUGUAUUAUGAGCAUUGUCAACAUUGGGCUUCAAGGCAUUGGCAUUAUGAGAAAGAAAGGAAGUGAUGACUUUGAGAAAGUCCAUUUGCUGUAUUUUGUACCUCUAUAUAUUUGGCAUGUCAGGCAGGACAACAUAAUACUAUUUCCACAUAUAUAAUUAUAUAUUGUUUUUGCUUUGUAAGUAUUACAAUAUUUACUUUUUCUAUAUAGCUAAAGCUAAUAACAUGAAGGAAGUCAGGGCGAAGUUGGCAACUGAUAAUCUCAAACAGGAGUGGCAUGAUUCAGUAGAAACUCCUACAGACAUGUUAAAUUGCCAGAUGAAAAGACUCAGCUUGAAAGACAGACAAUUCAAUACAUUUUCAGCAGCUGAAGAUGCCAACAUUGACGAGCUUUGGAAGAAUUGUUUAAGGAUAGAAGGAGAAUUACAUGUACUGUAUUGAAUUGCAUUUAUUGUACAAUACAUUAUUCGAUUUCCUAAACAUAACAAUCAUAUAAUGCAUCUACAGUUAAUGUACUUUUUUUGCCUUACAGAGAUAUCACCUGACUGCCAAAGAUGUGAAGAAGUUUGACAAACUAUCUAAAUUUCUGAGUCAUUGCUGCAUAGAGGGGCAUUACUGCUUCCAAGUGAAGAAAUGUGGACUUGCCAACUGUACUAUUUGCAGGUAAAUAAAAUCUUCCAAAAUUCAUAUUCGUUGCAGUUUGCAUGCACCUAAUUCUACUGUAUAAAUUAUAAUUACUGUAACAUAAUCUUGUUGUAGUCCUGAAGAACUAAAAACAAUGUAUCAUAUUGCUUUGGUUUUAGAUCCCUUCAUGAUGAAAGAACCAGACUUGUUGGCACUUUGCUUUUUCCGGUGUUGGAUGAUGAUGAUCACUACAAGCCAUUCGCUAAUGUGUAUAAAACUGAGACACAUGAUGUAUGAAGCAUUAUUCAUAUUUCUUUUUAAUUUUGCGUUUCUUAUCUGUUUUAAUUUUAUCUUGUGUUGAAUCUAGAUGUUAAAUCCCUUACGAAAAAAGUCUAUAGGUGGCCUAUAGGAAAUAUUCCAAUUCCCGAUAGAAGCCUUUAGGCAUCUAUAGAGCUCUAUAGGAUUAUAGGCAUCCCUGUAGGUCACCUAUAGAAAAUGUUCCAAUUGCCUAUAAAAACCUAUAGGUUUCCAAUAGGAACCUAUAGGUUGGCCUAUAGGCCAGGCCUAUAGCCCGGCCAGGCCUAUAGAAUUUUUUUGCAAGGGAAUGUCCAAGUAUCAAAAUUUAAAUCCAUGGCCACAUCAUUUUCUUUCAGGAAAGACCAAGCAUGACCAACAGACCGAAGUUAAAGAGGAAGAAGAUUCCCUUCACACCCUCUGUCCAACAUUGCAAGAACACAGACACUAUGGUUCAAAUGUGCUGAAUGUGACAAAUGGAGGCUUGUAUUUUCAAAGAAGAAACUCACACAGCAUCAAAGAAAACAGUUGGCUGAAGUCCUGGAGGAUGUAGAGUAUACUUGUGGAUUUCAGUUUGGUAUGUGGAUAAUUUUCUGCAGUUGAUUACUGCAUAUUAAAAUACCUGUAUUACCAAAUAUAUUCAUGUUUUCAGUGUUUGUGUAUCCUUCCAGAUGAUGUUAUCAUGCCAACCGGAUUCCAAGUAUGUGUCAAAGACCACGAUUGCAAUGACCAUAUUGAAAAAUUGUACUACUCAUGUGGAUAUGAGGCAUGCUGCAUUCAUUGUGGGGAAUAUGUCCAUGGCAUCGAAGAUGAUCACUUCUGUAUGCCAGGAGAACCAAUUCCCAAGAGGGGAGCACUUUAA